GCCAGUCAACGGGCGGUCAGCCGGAGCUAGUGAUCGUCUGAUAAUCGCCUGCAUGGGGUGUAACUCGUAAACUACUCAUCUCUGGCGUUCCCGUGGGAGGCGCGAGCUCUCUCUCUCUCUCUCCGUACUCAGCGUCACGCGCGCGACUAUGUGAUUGCGAGCGUUCGUACACCGUGAAGCGGACCGUGUCGCGAGUAGAGAGCGAGCGAAACCGGCGGGCGAGAGGAAGGGCGGCCCGGAGACGUUAACGGCACACGGCCGGGACAGCGUACGCACUCUCCCUCUCUCUCUCUCUCUCGAGUCGAGCUCGAGCUGUCAAGAUGGACUGGGAGCUGCUGACGAUGGCCAGCCUGCACCUGACUGCGACCGAGCACCGCUAUUACGGCGACAUAUUCAUAUACUGCUGCGAGAACGCGGACAGCGACAGCGUGCCCGUCAUCAAGGUCGCCGAGCUGCUGCGCUUUGCCAACCUACCCCGGGACGUCACGAUGAAGAUAUUGGAUAUUUGCAUUGGCACCAAAGGCAACACAUACUUGGGUAAGAAGCAAUUUUACGCAGUGUUGAAGCUCAUAGCUGUUCAUCAGGCUGGUCUCGAAGUUUGUAGAGAUGUACUAACUGCAUCUCUGGACGUUAUUACCUUGCCAAGAUUUACAUGGCCGACCUCCGGCGACGAGGACGGCAGGAGGAGCUCGGAUUCGACGCGGGCCGCGAAGAACAGAUGCCAUGUCCCGGAAAGUACGACCGAGAGUGAGAGCGAGGCGGAAUCUCCGCGCGAGACCGGCGGCAGCACGGAUUCCCCGACGCCGACGAACAGUGUCACUCAAGAGAGGAACGACGGCAUGUUGGGCGGCGAGACGAUACUGGACUCCGUGUCCGGAGGCUGGCAGGGUCUGCUGGUCUCCGAGGAGCAGAGACAGCUGCUGGGCACGGAAGAGGAGAGCUCGGAACGUCACAGCAGCGACGAGGGCGACGGGGACGGCUCGGGCUUCCCUCCGGAGGAGGUGUGGAUCAUCAGUGACGAGCAGCGUGAUUACUACGCCGCGCAAUUCGCCCAGCUGCAGCCGGACCCGGAGGGCCUCCUGGCCGGGCCGGUGGCGAGAACGUUUUUCGAAAAGUCCCGACUACCCGUGGCCGAGCUCAGACGCAUUUGGCAGCUCGCGGACGUCACGAGGGACGGUGCGCUGAGUCUGCAGGAGUUCUACGUGGCGAUGCACCUCGUCGUACUGAGGAGGAAUCACGUGCCUCUACCCGACGUCCUACCUCCGUCCCUGUCGAUCCCGUUGGCCGUGCAAACGGCCACCGCGGCCCAGAUCCCGCCGGCCGCUACGAAAUCCUCGCCCCCCGCGACCUCCGGCGCGAGCACCCGCGAGAAGAACAAGGAGUGGACAAAGUUUGUAGACUCGCCGACCGGCGGCACGAGCAGUUCGGUCACCAGCCCGGGACUGCAGCUAGUGAAUUUCGAUUUCCAGAAGUCGGCGGUCGAGCGUGACCCGAAGAUCUUGCACCCGGUGCCACUGCGCCUAACGCCCGAAGCGGCGAUAUUAGCUUCCGGCGCCAACGGCAGCAGCAGCAGCUGCACCACCCUGGCGGAAGACGAGCUGCAGCACGCCGCCGUGGCGUCGCUGGCCCAACGAACGAAGAAGCCGGCAGCACCCGAAGACGCGGUGAUCGUCACCCCCAAGAAGGAACCGCCGCCGCCGCCGCCACCCAGACCGUACAGAACGCACGCGCGCAGUUCCAGCCUCGAUCUUAACAAAUUAGGGAAAAACGGUCAAAGUUUCCUUGGAGCGCCACCGUUGGUACCGCCUAGAAUUUCGCCAGGAAUUACCUCGCCACGCAAAUUGGUCGGUCAAAGGAGCGAAGGUGAGGGUCAAAGGACAUUGAGCGAAAGUCAAGGUUUCGUCGCCGACUUCUCUCAUUUCUCCCCCAAGAGUGAACUGCCUGAAAAUCCAUCUAUGGAGAAUACCCUGCCGCAGUCUCAACAAUUCACUGGAGUCUGUGGGGCGUUUCACAUUUAUAGGAAACCCAGUCCAAAACGAGAUGGCGGCGAGGAAGACGGCAAGGACGAGUCGGAGGACGAGAAGAAACUGACGUUGCAGGAAUUAAGGGAAAAGAAUGCGGAACUACGCCUAGUCUGCGAAGAACUGACCCGAGAACUAGCUAGCGCGCUCCAGGAACGCAUAAACCUGCGCGCGAAGCUCCUACUCUUGACCUGAUGUGAUUGUUAUUCGUUUAUCAUUCAUUCGAUCCAAGUUGCGAGGUGUUACGUAUCCUCGGCUCAUUGUAAACACAUGUAUUUAACAUGUUAUGCUAGUCUAGAAUUCCUCUUUUCCCAACGAAGUAUUCAUUCAUAUUCAUAAUAAUCAUAGACGGACAGAUGCGGCAGGGGAUGAAAUUUACAAAAGGAAAACAAAAAGACACUAUACGUUAUGUAGGUAUUUUACUUUUAGGACAAAAGGAGGAAAAGAGUGUCUAUAUGAUAUAUAUAUAUAUAUAUAUCAGUUAUAUGAAUCGUGUACAAAACUGAUCAUGAUCUCUGUACUGAAAAUACACAAUUUAUAAGUGCUUAUGAAUUGCCAGAUUGCCAGAUUGAGCAUACUGUUUACAUUUAUAAAGCAAGGAAAAACGUAUUGAAAGAUGCAUUCGAUUCGAAAUUUACGUUAUCAAAGUAUUCACCCCCUGUGACUCAUCGUAAAACUUGUGUGUAUCGCCGAGUGAAUUUAUACACGUAUUUCUAUGUACGCGCCAUACAAGUGCAUCUGUCAUGUUAUUAUUCCACUUCAGUGUCGAUAGUUGAGACUCUGACUGUUGUUUUGUGUAUAAAAAAAAUUGCUAAUUUUAUAAAAGAUAAUAUCAAGAUAUCCCGUGAUCGUUUGUAUAUCGAUGAAUCUCAAGUUAUUUGUUUUCACCGUGAGCGGACGGAAGACUUGUCAUACGCGUGUCCGCUGUAAAUUUCGAAUUAGCCGUGUACUGUAAAGACAGAAUCGAUAGAUAUUUAUUGUUUGCAACAAAAUCGAACUGUAUUUUCGUAUGGCUGUAUAAAAAUCUCCGUCGUAAACGGGAAAGGAACGUGGGCGUGAGCCACGAGAAAAACGGGAUAAUCUGGACUGUUAUGAUGUUGUACUUCACUUCGUGAGACAGAGAGUACCUGCGAGAGAGAUGCUGUUAAAUGUUAAAUGAGAAAGAGAAUAUACGAGAAAUGUGGAAUCUGCAGGAACAGAAUAUUUCGAGAGAAAAGAAAAUAAAUUUAUAUAGAGGUUAAUAACGUUUUCUCUCUUGAAGAAUCAAUUUUACGUUGAAUAUCGUCGAUUUUGCUGUGCCGACUUUUUGGAAAAUCAUCGUUAUACACACACGUAUUGAUUCCCUGUCAUCGUAGAUUAAAGAAAAGAGUAUUUACUAUAGUUGUGGGAUGCGGACUGUUUGAGGCGUGAGAAGAAUAUAGACCUAUCAGUCACAUCAACCAGCAGAAACCAGGUCAAAUGCAAUGAUCUGGACGAGCGGGAGUGCUUCUAGCCGUUUAUGUAGCUAUUCCUAAUAGCGAUUAGCAAUUGCUCAACGUAUAGCUCCGAGAAAACGUACGCAAGAGUUGCUUGAACAGUUGAACUUUCAUAUUUCAUUUUUGCCCCCUUCACCCCGUAAGAUUUAGCCCUUUUCUUUCUGGCUCAGAUCUAUAUUAAUCUCUCAGCAUUUCACAUCUUCGAAUCGCCAUUCCUAUCCAAUCAAAUAUAUAUAUAUAUUUAUAUAUAUAUUGACCCGUAAUUAAUAUAAAACGUCACACCCUUGAAUAUUUUUACUUCAUUUCGCUGCAGAUAAGCAGAACAGAUAUUUGCCAAGCGACCAUCCGUUAUUAAAAUAAUAACUUUGUGCCAUAUAUAAUGCGAAAUUUGAAAGUUUGUACCACCGUCGUUCAGACUGAAUGACGAUAUUUUCCCGUCGAACAUCAUCAUGGGACAUUAAAAGCUUGAAGAUCAACGAGUAUUCGAGUAAGGAGACUUUUUGUAAUUGUAUAAAUAUAUACGGUGUAAAGAUUAUAUAUAUAUAUAUAAUCUCCGAUUUCUUGUCUGCGGCCCUGUAAAGAAAAGCAAGUGUAACGAUGUAGAAAUACAAAAGUGUCUGUCGAGCAUGAAAAUAAAGGAACUACUUUAGUUUCAUAACAACUUUUAUUGAUGUCGUGUAAAUGAAAAAUAAUGAACAGUCGUGCCCCACCAGUCACUAAUAUUUACGAGGAUUCUCUCUCGGGUAUAUGAACGAACGAGUGAUGGAAAGUAAAUACGUGUACGCGUGAGUAAUUAUCAGAAAUCGGUACUCGUUUACGAUGAAUGAAAUCAUAAACUUCCCUCUCUCUCUCUGCCGUAAAUACAAACUUUGCGCGAGUACAUAGAUUCCGUUCGCAUUAACGUUUAUGUUACAACGUUCACAUUUACGUUUCGCUGACUAAUUAAUCCCGACACAAGACAGAGAUACAUCGCGGCGGACUUUUGGAUACGGAUUAGCGCUGGAGAGUGCCUGUCUUGUUGCAACCGACGACGGGAAACACGUCAGUAGCUCAGCUAUACCUGUGUAUAUCGACUGCGCGAGAAGAAAGAGUACGACUUGCUUGCGCUCCUUGCUUUUACUUCGUGCGCAUCCCUGCUACAAGUUAGUAACAACGCUGAUUAAUAUGGGGCGGUGUCUUAUACAGCACAGAUACGUCCACGAUGGAACGUUUUUUUUUUAACCGUACGACGAGCUCGGAGCUAAGAGGAGGACAUGAAUGAAUGACCGACUUCUGAGGACAGCUUAGUCCUUGCUCUGCAUGUACUUGAUCAGGUCGAUCACCCGGCUGGAGUAGCCGAACUCGUUGUCGUACCACGAGAUGAGCUUCA